AAAAAAUUAUUGGUAAAGCUACUCAGGUUAUCUUUAUAAAUGUUCUUUAUUUUGUCAGUAUCCAGGUUAGAUUUAUUUACAUAUCUUCGUUUAUUGGCAUCAGUUAUUAAACAUGUGGAUUUGGAAUUUGCACUUAGCAGUAAAUCUUUAUUGGACUUUGUGGCUUUGUUUUCUGUGCAACACAACUGACAGCACCAUCUCACCAACUCAAGCAGCAAGACCAGAAAUACCAGAUGUUCGGGAAACUGAUUUCGAAUCCCUUGACAUCCCAGUGAUCCCUUCUUCUCGGGAGGAGAGUGAUGAUCUUCCUGAUCCGGAGGUUCCCUUAAGCACUGAAGACCACAUCCGGAGAACUGAGGAGCAUCUUGAUGAAGAGGACACUGAAGAUAACUACAGAAAGGAGAUUGACGAACUUCCUGCUCCGGAGGUCCCCUCAAGCACUGAAGACCACAUCCGGAGGACUGAGGAGCAUCUUGAUGAAGAGAACACUGAAGAUACCUACAGGGAGGUUGGAGAUGACCGAGAUGAUGCUAGCAUCGAAGCAACCUCGCGUAAAGGAACAUCUAGGAGUCACUCAGAAGAUUCAACAAACCGAAAAAGUUCCAAACCAGCAGGAGUGUCACCUUAUAUAGAGAAAACCAUUACAUCAAAAGCAACGGAUAUGAAUUCCUCUGUGGAGUUGAAUGAUGAAGUCACUCAUGUUGUUCGUAUGAAUAGUAGAAGAAGUCCUGCUUCACAAACACAGUUACUCAGGUUACAAGGAGACAUACCAAUAAGCAUAAGAUCGCAACCAUCUGCAGUACCAGCCCCUAAUCGAAACCCACGACCACAACAAGCACGAGAAUGUAUUCCAGGUCCGAGAGGAUACCCAGGACCAAAAGGUCACCAUGGUUCAACCGGUUUGCCUGGAAAGCCUGGUCCACUUGGAAGAAAGGGUGAACCAGGAAUACGGGGGGCGAAUGGACCGAGAGGUUUCCAGGGCGACCGUGGCUUCCCAGGUCCGCAAGGUUAUAGAGGUUACAAAGGGAAUCAAGGAGCUAAGGGUGACUUGGGACCUCCAGGUGUAAGAGGUGCUCAUGGGUUUACAGGACCCCAAGGUAAUCCUGGAUUACUUGGUGUAAGAGGUACACCUGGAAUGUCAGGACAAAAGGGAGAAUCUGGCCAACCUGGCAGAGAUGGUAGAAAUGGAUUAAAAGGAGCAAGGGGACCACCUGGUACAGGCAGUGGAAUUGGUUUGCGUGGUAGACCCGGCAUGAAAGGUUCUCAGGGUCCUCCAGGUAAUCCUGGUGUGAGGGGUAUGAAAGGACAUAUGGGAUUUCCUGGCAUUCCUGGUUUGAAAGGGGACAAAGGAAAUCAAGGACCUACUGGUAUUCACGGAAUGCCAGGAACACCAGGAAAACCAGGAGAAAUUGGAAAUCCAGGUGAAAGGGGUCCAGUUGGAAACAUUGGACCACCAGGACCAAGAGGUUACCAGGGUGAAAAAGGCACCAAAGGCACACAAGGACCAAGUGGUGGCCAAGGAGCCCCAGGUGAAAAGGGAGAUAGGGGUUUAUCUGGAACACCUGGAAUCCCUGGCUUACCAGGAUUAACUGGUCCAAAGGGACAUGCUGGUAUGGAUGGUCCUGUAGGGAAGAAGGGUGAUAUUGGACUUCCUGGACCUGCUGGUAAACCAGGGAAACAGGGGGUUGUAGGCCCAUCUGGUGACAUUGGAAUGAAAGGUGAGCAGGGUGAAAAGGGCCCUCAGGGUCCCCGUGGCCCCCAAGGUAGACGUGGGGUUCGUGGCAACAAAGGAGAGAAGGGCGAACAGGGUUUGGUGGGGCACGUGGGUCACAUGGGUAAAACCGGAAAGCAAGGACCCAGGGGCCCUCCAAGGAGAAUGAAAGAAAUUGAAGAAUUGGUGAAGAAAACUAUUUCAAGCAUGUUGCCUGCAAUGCUCAACCCAAUUCGACAACAAUGUCAACGUUGCAUACCCAGGAUUGUUGAGGGUAGACCUGGACCCCCGGGUCCAAAAGGGGUGAAGGGGCAACUUGGGAUACCUGGAGAAAGUGGGUUACAAGGAGAUAUGGGGCAAACUGGGAUCCCUGGACCUCUAGGUGUUCCUGGCCCAAGAGGUCCAUCUGGAGAUAAAGGUGAUACUGGUGAUCGUGGUCACUCUACCCCUGGUAUGCAAGGAGCUGCAGGCUUACCAGGUCGCCGUGGAAAACCCGGUAAAACUCGGCGUGGUAAAAACGGCAAGAAAGGUCCCCGUGGAUUCCCAGGCACACGGGGUUACACAGGGAUGCGUGGGAUACAAGGACAUCGUGGACAAUGUUCACCAAGUGAUUGUGGCGCUUUACCUCAGUAUCAACAAAACCCGUAUACGUACACCGACAAUAAAGGACCACCUGCGCCUACUAUACCCGGUGGCAAUGCUGCCAAUCGACCCCCGGAUGGGGUGAUGGCUGGUUUGCCGAGUUUACCAGGACCUCGUGAAAGUUUGCCGAAUUUACCGGGUGUUGGGCCCGCCAUACUACAACAGUUAAAAGGCCCAACCAACACACACGUCGUGAACUUGGAUGACUUCCCUCAGCAAAGACCUAACGACGUUAAUUAAUGCAUUCCAAACAAUAUUUAUAAAUUCAAUGCUAUGUAGCCACACAAGAGGGUUGGUGUUCGUCGUUUUAUAUAGUAGGGUGGGGAAACAUGGGACACAUUUUACUCCCUUUUUCUGUCCUAAACAAAGAACAUUUAAAGAAGUAUAAAAUUCAGACCGUUGUUAAUUAUGUUUAAAACAUUUUUAAAACAUGAUUAGGAAAUAUGAGAUAAUGUGCUAAAGGUGUCCCACCUUUCCCUAGUGUAUAUUUUUUGAUGCGUUUUUGUUAUGAAAACACUUUUUGUAAAUUUUCUUUGCAUUUAAACUUCUUGCCUCUUUUUUUAUUGCCCGUGUAUUGUAGCUCACGUUUCGUCCUCAAAUAAAUACGUUGGGCAUCACACCUUA